CGUACAGAACAGGUGAUACAACCGAUGAUCUCGUGAUUUACAUCACCGAACCUUACGGUUCUGGCAAGUUGCAAUCGUCAUUGAUGAAAGAUUGCAUAUGUCGACGAAAACCGACUGGAAUAUAAUCAACACGAUGACGAACGACAGAUAAAGUAAUUUCGAAAGGUGCUCAACGUACCUACGUGGUCCUUUACUUUGAGCGCAGAAUGGCAUUUCCACCACUGGUCAGCUCUACGCCUCCUCCCUUGGAUAAUUUUGGGGAUUCCGAGGAGGAUGAAUUUGGGGACUUUACCACUGGAGGCAUAGACGGACUGUCUAUGUCUUCCGAUUCACCGCAUAAACUUGUGACACCAAUCCAAACUCCUUUACCAUCUCACAAUACUUCACCAAAAUUAAAUGGCAUUUCUGAAACAGCUGAGAAUAAUUCACAACCAGUGUUAGUUUUAAGAUCAACAAUUUCAGAAGAUCUCUUAAUACUGGAGAAAACCGAAGACACUGUAAGUGAUAUUAAAUUGAAAACAGAAGUUGAAACUAUUAAUGAAGUGAAUAGCUGUAAGAAAAGCUUGGAAAAUGUAAAUAACAAUGAAAUUGAAAACAAUGUAGAGAAGAGAGUUUUCAGUGAAGUUGGUUUAGUCAGUGAAAGUAGUAGCUUUGGAGAGAGCGAACAGGAAGCUUCACCUAAUAAUUUAGAAGAUGUAGAACCUUUGAGUUUGGAUUUAGGAGAUCCGUCUGUUGCUCCUGACAUAAUUCAACCGUUAGAUGAUGAUUUUUAUGAGUACGAACAGUUUGAGGAUUCUCAAAAUUGGAUUUCAAAUAACGAUGUGCCUGCAGACAUUUCAAAACCAGAUUACUUUGAAUUCCAUGAAACUGGUGGUGAUAUUUCAAAUAAUUUGAACAGUUUGAGCAAAGAUUUUAGUAUAGGUGAUAAAAAGGAUGUAAAUUUAGAGUUUGAGAAAUCGCUUGAACAAUCAAAAGUAGAAGCUCAAUGCACAGAACACCAAAAUGUGUCUGAUGAAGAAGACAACUUUGAGUUUCAAACAAACAAUACAGUGUCCACGAAUGUACAGCAUUCACUGUUUCAUGAUUCCAUAGAAGAAAACACUCUGAAUGAAGGUGAAUCGAGAGACGAGUUAUCAGAUAAAAAUCAAGUUGAAGAAGAGAAAAUUACUGAAGAAUUCUACGAAUAUUCGGAGAUUAAGCAAAUUAAUGUUGAAGACGAUUUUCUAUCUCCUGAAUCACUGCCAGUUAUUUCUAGGUGUUCGAAUGAGGAAUUCGGGAAUUUCAAAUGUGAUUCCACAGUAGAGUCUCCUACUCGGAUUUUUCAACUCGAAGUUCAGGAUUUCCCCAACUCGACGGAUUCAAAUGAAAAGAAAAGCAAUGAAGAAGUCGAAGACGAUGAUUUCGGUGAUUUCACGAACUUCACCGAUCAAACGCAUUUUGAAAAGGUCGAUGAAACAAAAGUAUCUGAUAAAGAGGAGGACGACGACUUUGGGGACUUCAAUGACUUUGAAUCAGCAUUUCAACAACCAGAGGAGGAGCAUGCACCAUUGAACUUGAAAGAAUCAAUUUCUCGAAUAGAAAACAAGCAUGCUGCUAAUAAAAUAGAAGACAUAAUAACGACAAUGUUUCCGACAGGCACGGAACAGUGCGAAAUCGAAGUACAGUCGUUGAUAAGUCAAGCAGACAAAGUAUGGCAAAGUAUUAAAAGCGUCGAAGAAACAAAUGCAUUAACAUACCAGUGGGCAAAUAGUACUAGCAACAACGUACUCUUAAAUUCCCUUGGCAUUGAUUCUCGUAACAUUUUAUUUGGUCCAAGAUGGAACCCGAAUGUACCAAGAUUCGCCGCGAAUCUUGGAUUCACACCAUUGGAACCAAUUAAAGCUACAGCUGACACUCAACCUGCUGUCACAACAAAUACAAGCAAAUGUCAAAGUUCAAAUAAUUCAGAAGAAGUACCUGCCGCCCAAUUCGAUUGGAAUAGUUCUGGGCUUGUUAAUCCUUUAGAAGCUAGGAUCCUGUACGAAGUGUACCUAACCAAGUACAACGUGUCUGCUUCCCAUUAA